UCCGUCUGACCGUCUGUAUCAGUUUGAGACAUCAAAGUUUGGUCUAUUCUCCCAUCGGCCUCUCUCACCUCAUUCAUCAUUCACGGAGAAGUCUCUGGAAGAACGAAGAAGACCUUCAAAACUCAACUCAUAUCUGCUUUACACUGUACAGAAAUGGGGUUCAUCAUGGAGUUCGCAGAGAAUUUGGUUUUGAGAUUGAUGGAAGAUCCGAAAGAAAGGGAUAGGAAAUUUAGGGAGCACUUGUAUGCAUUGCAAGACAGUUGCAAGAAAACCAAGGAAAUGUGGAGCUUACCCUUGAGGCCAUAUGGGUUUUGGACCUUUGAGCGUCACAACUCUCAGCUUGCUUGGGAUGCUCAAAUCACCAAUGUCACUGGUCGUCGCGACCCGUAUGAUGAGGUCCUUGAGGAGGUUUCUAAAUAACCUUCAGCGAACUGAAUUCUUUGCCGAGUAUCAUAAUACGAAGUCUCAAUCUCAAUUGCUGGGAGCAUGUAGUUGCAAGACAAACAUGUAUCAUGUUUUUUCUAUUCUAAUUCCUCUGAUGAAUCGAGUGGAAUUACUGGACAAAGUUGUUAUCAAUGUCAACUCUAUACUGCCUUUUCUUUUUGCUUACUUUAUAAUAAGGUAGCCUGUUUUCAAAUC